AUGUUCGCUGCAAAGAGACUAGGCAAAGCCAAACAGAGUCUCCCUCCGGGCAUUGACCUAGUCAAAGCGGACGACUUCAAAGAGUGGCAGGUUGACAUCCGGGUCCUCGACUCCAACCCUCUCUACCUCAACCAGAUAUAUCGCCUCAGUUUUAUUUUCACCAGCAACUACCCGAUAGAACCGCCCGAAGUAACAUUCAUCCAUGUGCCACCAUCUUCUUCUGCGUCCUCUGUCGCACCGACCUCAAACACCCAGUCACAAUCACAACAACAGUCCCAGUCCCAGUCCCAGUCACAAACCACAACCGACUCCGGCCGAUCUAUACCGAUCCACCCGCACAUCUACAGCAAUGGCAUUAUAUGUCUCGACCUACUCGGCAGCGCAGGCUGGUCACCCGUUCAAUCCGUCGAGAGCGUGUGCAUGAGCCUGCAGAGCAUGUUGACAGGCAACACCAAGAACGAACGACCGCCCGGCGACGAGGCCUUUUGCCAGAGCAUGGGGGUGCGAGGGCCGAAUGGAUGGACCGGGAGCGAACGCGGAAGAGGCCUGAGAGGCGUCCGGUUUGCCUACGACGACGAUACCGUAUGA